AUGUUGCCCGGAGGACUUAGUGAUGAAAAGCCUGCAAACGAAGCAAUUCAGAAGAUCUGUGAAAGCGUAAAUGAAGCAGGAAAGUCCUAUGAUGUCUUCAAUGCCGAGAGUUGCAGGACGCAGGUGGUGCAAGGGACGAACUACUUCAUUUAUCUUGUGCAUGUGGGAGGAGACGAUCAUGUUCAUCUCCGUGUCUAUGAAAAACUCCCAAGUUACGGAGGAAGCUUGGAGUUGACUAAUAUGCAGCAAUCAAAGAGCCACCACGAUCCUAUUGAGUAUUUCUGA